AUGCAAAUUAUGGGGCCUUUGGCUUGGGGGUUCUUGCGAUUCUGUCUACAACAUCCACAGGAGGUUCAUAUGGGUCGGUCUACGUCUCGGAACGCAUGGAGAAGAUCAGUCAGCUCUGAAGAUUAUGGCGUUUGCUCGAGGUCGUUGAUACAGACCCGGUGGUGUUUUUCCCCCUUCUUAUUUCUUUUCUUUUCAUCCGUCUUCAUCAUGGUUCUGUUAUGUUCUUACUCUUCUUUCUUUAUUUUCUUUCUCUCUACUUCCUGAAAUAUACCCAGGCGUUCCACCCUGUUUCAUUUGUUGUUCUCCUGUCAAAACUCAACUUAUACUUCUAUCUUUUUCUCCGAUGCGAUGUCCACGUAGCUUGUCUUGUCGAUUAUAGCCCAGUCCAGUCACCUUUCCAUGGUUCCACCACGUCGGGCGGUGAAUAUUAUGAUUUAAAGAGAGAGAGAGAGAGAGAGAGAGAGAGAGAGAGAGAAGACGUAUCUCAUACCUACCCGAUCUACCUACAUAUCCCUCAUGGCAAACACUGCAUGCUUACCGAUCACAGUCGCCAAGACCCAACGCUCCCUCCUUUCCUCCUCCCUCUCUGUAUCAGCAUUACCAGUCAGUCCGUCCGUACGGAGUCCGCUACCAUGACCAGGAUGAAAUCCACUCAUUCCCCAGGCUCCAACCCUGCUGCCUUCCUGCCUUCCUGCCUUCCUGCCUUCCUGCCUUCCUUACUUGCUGUACAUCCUCCCCGACAAGGCUCGGACAGCACACGCUCCACCCCCUCUCAACCACCUUCCCACCUUAACUACCUAAAGUAGUCAAGUUAGAUAUCUACCCCACUCGACAGCUGUCACUCGCCCUUGACGUGGAAUGACACCCCUUCCCUUCCCUUCCCUUCCAUCCGGCUGUCGAUGACUCGAUUGGUUAUCGUUGUCGUUGUCAUCCAUCAUCCACCCCAACCAACCCCCUUACCUCCCUCACAGACCAGACUCACGCCCACUGGAUAGAUACGGAGUACACCCAUGUAGGACAGCGGUCUAGCCCACCCAA